CAAUACUACUCCGACUACAACAACAACAACUAGUACUACUACUACUACUACUAAUGAUUAUGAAAGUAUUUGGUGCAGAUAUUGUGGUAACAUUAAGAGCUUUUCAGUAUCAAACAGCUCAUCAAACUGACAAAGUCAUUUAACUGAAGAACAUAAAACAUGAACCUUUUAAAAUGUUGUGUUUACUUUUAGACAGAGUGUGCGCGAUGACAAACCCGCUUCAUUUAGAGAAGACAAAAUACAGACAAUGGGUGAAGGCCGGACUUGGACUGACGUAUCUCAGAGAAGGACUGGUGUCUUUUUGUGAAGACAUCACAAAACAACAACACAAUGAUAUCUUAGAUAACAUUAAGCAAGACAAGAAUCUAUUAACAGUAGCAUGUGGUCAAUGCAGUUGGACGACACUUAGACCUGAUCACGCAAAAGGAGGAAACAGAUCAUGCAAGUUAGGCCAAAGAAAUUGCAACUGCUGCAAUCCAACUGGUAAAAUUACUUGCCCAAACAAAGUUUGUGGCGCCAUCUAUGAUGCAAUUGUAUCCAGUCAUGGAUUUACACCACCAGCGCCUUAUUGGAAAAACACCGAGACACAGCAUUGGUGCACAGACCCAUGGUCUAUCGCUAAAUGCUACAUCAACGCUCCCGGAUACGACAGGAAAACAUCAUCAGCUGACAUCGAUUGUAUCGGAUUUCUACACCUGAUAAGGAACAAUCAAUAUUUUCACGAUCAUAUACAAUGCACAAUUGCACAAAUCGACGUCUUUUCAAAGGUAAUAACGGACAGGAAUGAAAUAUUCCAUUCUAGUACAAUGCAACUAGAAGAGACAGAUGCAGAUAGUUACAUAGAUGAUAUGAUUGCUGUUCUGCAAGAUGGUAAGGAACUGAAAACCCGACAAGAUGCCCAAGGCGCUGUACAGAAUCUUCUAAAGUUGAAGAAAGAAGACUUCAUAAUUUCAACAAAAACAGAAGCGGAUGUAGUUCAUGCGGCCGUGCAGUCAAUUAGUUUUACGAUGGAGGAGUUCGAAAACAAAUUACGGGAAAAACUAGAAAACGUACCAACUACAGAAAGUGUUACAGAUUUAGAAACGAGAGUCACAAUGUUGGAAUUAGACAUGGCAACAGUAAAAGAGGAAAUAAAAGAGCUCAAGAUGGCACGGUCUUUUCAACGAGAUCAGUAUGAUUUUAUCAAGUCCAAAUUAGAAUUUCAGGAACAGCUGAUGAAACUUUACAAACACUCUCUGUUACAAGUGUCGGCAAUUCCAUUACAACCAGGGCGUAAACACUGUAACUUCAGGGAGGUGUAUGUCAGGCCAAGAAUAACCCAUGAAACUAAAGAUGAAAAUAGAAGACCAAAAGAAAACGAAAUUAAAUCUUUGUCUGAUAUCUUCAUAAAAGAAGAAAACCGACUGAAAUCCAUUUAUGUUCUUGGCGAUGCUGGAUCCGGGAAAAGUAGUUUUUGUAAAAGUUUAGUAAAUUAUUGGUGUUUGGCACACAGUGAAGAGCAGACAAUUGAAGACGAGUUCCAUGGAAUCAAAGAAAUGAAGAAAUUUGAUUUCUUGUUCUAUAUAUCUCUGCGUCGCUAUCAAAAUAUUGUCAGUAUCCAGAAAAUGAUUCAAAAACAAUAUAAGAGCGAAAUUCUAAACGAAUUAUUAGAUAAGGAAUCGGAAAAGAUUAUUAUCGUGCUCGAUGGUUUAGAUGAAUGGACUUCUAAAAGUAUUACAUCCAAUCAAUUUCAGACGGAAGGGCUUCCAGAACGUGACACAUCUAAGAAAUAUACCAUCAUAACUACGUCACGACCAUGGAAAAUUGAAACGCUAGGUAUUACUGACAAGGAGAUAGAACAAAGAUUAAAACUGAAAGGGUUUGAUAAAUCAUCUGUUAAAACAAUGAUUGCUAAAACUGUUCCAGUACUGAAUGAAUCGUUUGCAGAAAAUAAAAGUUGUAGGGCCUGCGAAGACAAACUUGAAAACAAAUCAAUAGCUAGUAUGAAAGAAGUACCAAUUAUGCUGCUGCAGUUGAUUUGUCUUUGGUUUGACGGUACACUUCAGGUAUCAUCAAGAUGCGCUAUUUACUCUGGCAUGCUUGAAUUGUUCUUUUCGUGGACCGAAAAGAAGAAACCAGAAGAUCGUUUAUUUAGAAAAAUGAGGAGAAUGUCAAAAGAUUUGUUGAAUAUUGAACUCCCUCAUUAUCUAAUAAAUAAAAAGUUAUGUAAUUCGUACAAAUACCUCAUUUACGGCAUAUCGCGUUUGGCGUACGAGACACUUUUCACAAAUAUAAAGGAGACAUCCUUGACAUUUGAAAGUUCUAUUUUUGAAGACCUUGAAAUAUCGGAUGAAGUUAAAACAUGUUGCUUAAAACUAGGAAUCUUAUCUGAGGAUAGAUGUCCAAAUCUGUCUGCAAGCACAAGUGACAGUUCGUUACUUUCGUUUGUUCACAAGUCAGUACAAGAAUAUAUGGCCGCGGUGUAUAUUACUAUUAAGUUCAAAGCUUAUAUCAGAUCAUCGGCCGAUUCGGAAAAACAAAAUUUGUCUGAUUAUUGUGCACAACUUAUUAAAGAGGUUUUCAGUAUGUGUACAACUUUGGACGAAAUACUAGAACAAGCAAAUGUAUUCAUUAUGCUCUGCGGUCUAGAGCCUCGAAUCGCUACGUCCAUUUCAAAGUAUAUAUACGAUAUUGUUGCAGCGGACAAACGUGUUCUAGAGUACAGAAGAUCAGUUACUGUACAUGAAUACAGACAUCAAUAUAUUAUGUCAGAUAUCCAGGAAUGUAUUUUACACUGUAUAGAAGAGGUCCGAGCAUGUCAAACACACAUUCAGUUUGAGUUUUAUCUUGGAGACAUUAUCGUACAGAGUAUGUCAGUUUGCGAUAAUCUCUGUAUUGGUAUCGAUAAGCAGUAUAUUUUCCCCGGCAGCGUCCUUUCGUUCAGAGUUGAUAAAUAUAAAGCGAAAGAGUAUCUAAAGAGAAUAUCGAACUAUUUGCCGAAAUGUCAGCGACUCGAAGCAAUUUACUUUCUCUCUAACAGCAGUUAUAGGAUUGAUAAUAAAGAUAUCAAGUCUUUCUGUGGUGCAGUUGAAGGUAAUACUUCAACACUGAAAGCACUGACUUUAGAUUGUGGCUAUAAUGAUAAUUUAAAACCUGUAUGUGAAAAAGUAGUUCGUCAUCUGCUUGAUAUGAAUCAUCUUGUCGCAUUAAAGAUAGAGCGUGUCGCUGUGACACAUGAAGACUUUACCUCACUAUGCACUUUCCUAUCGGGUACCAGUAAUCUUGAAGAAAUAACGAUUCUCGAUACAAAAUGUGAGCGCUCAGACCGCCAUGAAGUAGACUUAUCCAAGCAUCAACAACUUCAGUGCCUUGAGUACAGUAACUUUAUCAUUGUGACACGGGUUAACACUUUGAACCUAGAAAUAUUUGAAUUCAGAUCAUUGAACAGCACAAACUGUGAGAAAGUAUAUGAUAUUCUUAGUUCAGCUUACAAACUAACAAGACUUGUAUUGUUCUGUAAUAAAUAUAAUGAUUCGACUCAUAUAAUAGAGAAAUUGAUCACAUUGUUACCAUCUUUGUACAGGCUCCAUGAGUUUAUUUUAGAAGAUUUUCCAUUGACUGAUAAUAUAAUGAAAUGUCCCGCUGAGAUGAAGAGUAUGAAGAACAUUUUACUAAUUGACGUCAGGAUGGGCUUGACAACAUGGCGACAGUUUGUUGACAGUCUUUUCCUAAUGCCGCUGACUGUAAAGGUGAGAGCAUGGAGAAUGUGUAUAACACGAGACGGUAUAGACUUUGGGACACCAGAAGGAGGUGGAGGAGGAGGAGAGACAGCCGCUGCAUGGCAGUAUGUUAGAGAACAGGAGGCGUUGUCCAAAGUGGCAGUUGAAUAUGCUGAUACAUGUAGAAUUUCCUUUUCAACAGAGAAGUAAUAGUCAUCGGUAUAAUUUGGAACUGUUAUUGAUUUAAAAUGAGAAAAGUGCGUCUAGAUAGUCAUGUUACCAGUUUCUCAUGUAAUGUUUGUUUUUAUAAGCAUAAUAUCCAUGUGGUUAUGAGGAUUCUUUUUAUGCUUUAUACUACAUUGUUUUUUCAGUUGAAUAUAGAAAAUCUGACAGUAAAAUGUACCUGGUAACUUCACAGAUAAAAAUGUUAAAUUUAAUUUUACUUUACGCCGGUACGGAAACGAGAGGUGUUGGUUUAUGUGAUAUAUGAUUCAUUGAAGGUGAAUAUUAAAUAGAUUUUUCAACAAAAUGACUUUAACCAGUGUAAGACAAACGAGUUUUAAAAUGUCUACUUUCUUCAAUUGUAUUGACGGUUGAAAAAAGAAAAGUAUGUCAGAGAUGUAUAUAAAGACCAUACUUAGAAGUGAAAAGUAAUCUUUAACUGUUAGAAAUCUGUAUCACAUGCCUGAAUAAAUAUUGAAUUUGGAAA